AACUACAAUCAUCGAAUGCCCCAGUGCCCCCCGAUGCAGGUCGACCGCCAAAAUUUCAGCUUCACAAGAAAAACAAUAACAAUACUCACAAUAUCCCAUAUUUAAAGAAGAAAGGACGGCGGAUUAAUCAUUUGUUUCAAACAGGUUCAGAACCUCAAAACGACGUCGUCUGACAUAUCGAUCAUAUUCUCCGCUCUUGUAUAUGCGACACCUGUGCAAAGAUUUCCGACAUCAACGACCAACAAGAAUCUGUGCAACUGUAAUUACAAAUAUAUUUCCUUUAAAAACUAAAAAAUAAAAAGAAUCUUAAAAAUCAAAGUCUACGAAGAUACUCAAAGUCUGCUUGGCUCCCACCUCACUGCACGUUGCCAGAGAUUUUAGUUAUUUAAAUCCCCGCUGUGUCCUUCUCUCCAAAUUCCAAUCCCCCCACCACCACUCCAUUCACGAAACGCGCACCAACCACCUUUGCUUUCUGCUUCAUAAGCACUUUUCCACGACCGGCUUUUCUCCCCGACUGCCAUAGAGAUAUCGAAUCAGGGCCGUAGAUAAUUUCGAUCAGAGGAAUCACAUGGGUGUGGAUUUCUACAGCGUGCUGAGGGUGAACCGGAACGCGACGCAGCAGGACCUGAAGAAGGCGUACAAGAGGCUGGCGAUGAGGUGGCACCCCGACAAGAACCCAGUCGACAACGAGGAAGCGGAGGCCAAGUUCAAGCAGGUGUGCCAGGCGUACGAUGUUCUCAGCGACCCCCAGCGGCGCCAGAUCUACGACAUCUACGGCGAGGAGGGGCUCAAUUGCGGCGACCCGGAAGACAUUUUUGCCGAGUUUUUCGGCGGAUCUGGCGGCGUCGGGGACAGGGCGUUCAAGAAGAGCAGUGUGAAUGGUGAAGGGCGUAAUGGUAAUCUGAAGAGUAAGAAGGUUGCGGCGAUUGAGAGCAAGUUGACGUGCAGCUUGGAGGAUCUUUACAGAGGAGCGAGGAUGAAGAUGAGGAUUUCGAGAACCGUUCCUGAUGAGUUCGGUAAGCCAAAGACUAUUGAGGGAACCCUAAAGAUAGACAUCAAGCCUGGCUGGAAGAAGGGUACAAAGAUCACAUUCCCAGAGAAAGGCAACCAAGAACCCGGCACCUCUCCGGCUGAUCUCAUUUUCGUCGUUGACGAGAAGCCCCACCCUCUUUUCAAGCGUGACGGGAAUGAUCUUAUGGUCACUCAGAAACUGUCUCUGCUCGAGGCUCUCACCGGAGCGUUCGUCAAUCUGACAACGUUGGACGGAAGGGUUCUCGUGAUCCCGCUGAAGAACAUUAUUAUCAAACCUGGCCAUGAGGAGGUGGUUCCUAAUGAGGGAAUGCCAAUCUCUAAAGAUCCGACCAAGAAAGGAAACCUAAGGGUCAAGUUCGACGUCGUCUUUCCGGCGAAGCUUAGCGCAGAGCAGAAGGAUGAUCUGAGGAGAGUGCUGGGUGGGGGUGAUACCUAAGGUAAUGAGAAUUUAUAUGCCUAGGAUAAAAACCAAAUCCAUUAACUCUAAUUAUCAUUUAAACAUUUAAUCUUUCCACGGUGCAAUUGUGCAAUUGUGUGUGUGUAUGUAUAUAUAUAUAUAUAUUUUUUU